AUGGCGCCUAUGUACGCCAAUUCUUAUAUGUACACCUUUGAGACAGAAUAUAUAUUAGAGCCAUUUAAAAGGAACAUCAUAAAGUACUUUCGCUUUAUAGAUGAUAUUCUGAUAAUCUGGCGUGGUACGAAAUUGCAAGCGCAAGAAAUGGUUGAGUUCAUAAAUCAACUUCCAACACCGAUACGGAUGACGGCCAAUGUGAGUACGGAAAGAGUACAAUUUCUAGAUGUGGAAUUAUCCGUGGAAGAUCACAGAAUGGUCUAUUGUCUCUACUCUAAACCUACCGAUAGAAACACCAUACUACAUUACAACAGUGCACAUCCAAAAAAUCUGAUCAAGUCUAUACCUAAAGCUCAGUUUCUUAGGGUCAUGAGAAAUAAUUCAAAGGAAACAACUAAACGAAUACAAUUACAAGAAAUGAAAAUGAAAUUUCUAGAUAGAGGGUAUAGUGAAAGAGUCUUAGACAAAGCGUUGGAAGAAGCAGAAGAGAAUGCGACCACGCUACAAGACAUCACAGAAGUCCCCAAAUUGAUUUUUCCCAUGACAUUCCACAGCAAAUCACAGAAAAUAAACAGCAUUGUAAAACGUAAUUGGAAUAUGUUGGCAUGUGACAAUAGUUUGCCAAAAGAAUUUAAGCAAUCACCACGUAUUUGCUAUCGAAGAAACAGAAAUUUAAAAGAUAUAUUAAUGAAAACAGACCCUGUCGAGAGCUACACUGAACAGAAGAUAACACAAGUAAGAGGCAGUGUGCGCUGCCUAGGAUGUGUGACGUGUAGUCAUAUGGUGCCAGCACGUAAGUUUAACCAUCCACAUAAAAAUAAGAUGUAUAAAAUCCGCCACACCAUUACGUGUAAGAUGACCCAUGUAAUAUAUAAAAUAUCGUGCCCUUGUGGCUUGGUUUACAUAGGGAAAACUGAAAUGCAGCUCUGUGACAGAAUUAGGGGUCAUAGAUCCAAUAUAAGAACUGCCUACAGAGACGGAUACACAGACAAACCUGUGGCGAAGCAUUUUUUAGAAUACAAACAUUCUUUGACUAUGUUAAAAUUCGUGGCAAUUGAUUGGAUACCUUGUUCUAGAAGAGGUGGAGAUAGGGGUAAUGCCCUACUGAGAAGAGAGACAUUCUGGAUACAAGAAUUGGAAACUGUGGCUCCAAGAGGACUGAACGAGAUGAUAUCAUAUCAUCCAUAUAUAUGA